CAGUAGCUCUCGUAAAGUCGCCCGUCGUGUAGCAGCUCCGUUAUUGCAUUUUCCAUCGCAGGAGUCUGCAAGCUUUCAUCGCCCGACGGGUUCUCAGCAGCUCCCCGCAGUCGGAGUCUUAAGGGAGCAAUUGCGCGACAGCUUUCAUACGCAGCCAUGAUUAUGAUAACUUCAAACAGAUUGUAAAGCGGAGAUUAUUGAACUUAGAGACUUUGUCCCAGAGAAAAUUCAAGCAAGUACUGAGCGGAUGUCCAAUUGAACUCACCUGGGCAUGAGGUGGGGACGUCCCUUCCUCGACCUGCAGUGCUGGCGCCCAAGGCCGCGCCUUCCUCGUCUGCCCUCACACUUCAACCGCACUCACCCAUCCCUCCUUCUUUCAUCACAUCGCAUCCACCAUGCCGUCUUCAUCAAUACAAUCCUUCUUCUCAUCCUCGCCAUCCAAGCCCGCACUUAGCGAUGGCUUCACGCCCGAGGAGAUGGCGCUCCCUACGCCCUCAACCACCACCUGGACACCGACGCUGGACUACGAAGAGUGCGACAUCGGCGCCAUCGAACCCGGUCCUAGAAACCUCACAAUUAUGGGACGCAUCGUCAACUUCUACGAGCUCUCCAAGCCGAGCAAGAGCCCCAGAGCCGCGCAAGGCUACAUCAAGGUCAUGCUGGCUGACGACACAGGCGCGAUGACAGUGCGACUCUGGUACGCAAAGACAGAGUACAAGCUACGUCUGGGGCAGCUUGUUACGCUGUGGACGGUGCAUGUGAGCCAUGGAUCUGAGCAUAAUUCGCUUGCUCCUUCCGCGGCGCCAUUGUUUACCACAAUCUUCCCCGAGGGAGAGAGGAAUUGCUACUUCAUGGUGCACGAGAGAAGCGACGAUGGGACCAUGUUCAAGAAGCCGUUUAGAUGUAGGGACUCCCAAGCGCUGCCGGGCCUAAUGACGCUGAGGAAUUUCACGGAUGGUGGGUAUGAUGUGGAUGAGUGCAAGCUGCUUGUUUGCGUGAAGAGUAUUGGGCCGAGGAAGACGUUCGUGAACAAGAACGCCGCUACUUCCGAGCUCAUCACCGUCGGCGUACUCGACGACACUGCCCAAGGAACACUGACGCUCUACGGCUCCGCUUCCAACUCGGCAUCCGCCUGGCAGCCCUCACACACGGUCCUCCUCAUCGCAAACCCAGGAUGGCGCAUCGACCGCACCGCCAAACUCUCCCUCAACGCAAACACACAGCUCCACAUCGACCCAGACAUGGCAGACGCACGCUACGUCCGCGCUCUCGCGCAGCGCCUCACGAAGAGAGAGCACGUCAACCCACCCUUUCCAUCCGCCAUGUUCGACACCGAAGCCGCGGAGACAGCUGCCGUCCGCGUAUUGUACACCUUAGCCGACAUCGACGCGUUCGUGCGGAACAAUCGCAGAGAGCAAGUCAUGGGCUACAUCAGCGUGCUGAUCACCGAACUCCACAUCCUGACAAACUACAAGCGCAGCAUGCUGAUGGGCAACGAGUGCUGCGGCCUGCCCGUAUACGCCAACGCCGUCACGGCGAAGUGCAGGCAGUGCGAGAAGCAGGUCCCUCUGCGCAUCAAUCCGAAGAUACUCGGCAAUGUAAUCGACGAGACGGGCCAAAUUAGCUCGGGCAAAUUGAUCCUCUCGGAUGCGGCGUGGGAACAGCUCCUGGGGCGGACAGCAGAGCAUCUGGUCAGCGCUGAAGUCGACACCAUGCGCUAUCUGGAGCAGAGACUACUCUUCCUGAGAGUGACGCUGGGCUUCGGGCUUUGCCUGGGGGACGACGAAAUCGGCAGGCUGGCCGUCUGGUGCGUGAAAGCUUAAAUGAUUCAAGAAAUUCUGGUCAGGAGGUUAGCGCGAAUGCGGCCAAGGGGGCUGGAGUCGAGCGCGGAGAGACUUCGAUCGAGAUAUGCCGAGAGCAAAUUCAAAGUAGGGUCCAAAUCGUACAGGAA